AUGAUGAAGAAGCCGGGCAGGGACGGCAGCACCGCUGUCGUGGUCGGCACCGUCACCGACGACGUUCGGAUCCAGGACGUGCCCAAGCUGAGAUUAUUUUUAUUUUAUUUUUCUCUCCCCAGGCCCUACGUUCGCUCCAAGGGCCCCAAAUUCGAGCGGGCCCGAGGCCGCCGGGCCAGCAGGGGCUACAAAAACUGAGCCCCAAAAAAACCCAAAAUUCCCCCAAAAUAAACGGGGGGGGAGGGGAGGAGCCGCCC